CGGAGGGGUGGGCUCCGCCGCCCGCGCCUGACAAAGGGCCCGGCGGGGCCCGGCGCGGCCCCAUGGCGAUCCCCAUGGUGCCCAUGGAGACGCAGCUGCAGAGCAUCUUCGAGGAGGUGGUGAAAACAGAAGUAAUUGAAGAAGCCUUUCCUGGGAUGUUUAUGGAUACUCCAGAAGAUGAGAGAACCAAACUGAUCAGCUGCCUGGGAGCUUUUAGACAGUUCUGGAGCAGUCUUUCCCAGGAGUCUCAUGAACAGUGUGUCCAGUGGAUUGUAAGAUUCAUUCAUAGCCAACAUAGUCCUAAAAGAAUUUCUUUUCUUUAUGACUGCCUAGCAAUGGCAGUAGAAACUGGACUUUUGCCACCCAGGAUGGUUUGUGAAUCUCUGAUAAACUCCGAUACACUUGAGUGGGAAAGGACUCAGCUGUGGGCAUUAACAUUUAAAUUGGUUCGGAAGAUUAUUGGAGGUGUAGACUACAAGGGUGUGCGGGAUCUGCUGAAAGUGAUCCUAGAGAAAAUCCUAACAAUUCCAAACACCGUGAGCUCAGCUGUUGUACAGCAGCUUUUAGCAGCAAGAGAGGUGGUAGCUUACAUAUUGGAAAGAAAUGCUUGUUUGCUGCCUGCCUACUUUGCAGUUACAGAAAUCAGAAAACUGUAUCCUGAAGGAAAACUACCCCAUUGGUUACUAGGUAAUUUAGUAUCAGAUUUUGUGGAUACCUUCAGACCUACAGCAAGAAUAAAUUCUAUUUGUGGUCGCUGUAGUCUCCUUCCUGUGGUAAAUAACUCGGGUGCCAUGUGUAACUCAUGGAAGCUGGAUCCUACAACCCUUCGUUUUCCUUUGAAAGGUCUCUUACCAUAUGAUAAGGAUCUGUUUGAGCCACAGACUGCUUUGUUGAGAUAUGUGCUGGAACAACCGUAUUCAAGGGAUAUGGUCUGCAAUAUGCUAGGUCUGAAUAAGCAGACCUUGAACAUUGCUCAGCACAAGCAACGUUGCCCUGUGCUGGAGGACCAGCUGGUGGAUCUUGUGGUGUAUGCCAUGGAACGGUCUGAGACUGAAGAGAAGUUUGAUGAUGGUGGAACCAGUCAGCUUCUGUGGCAGCAUCUCUCCAGCCAGCUCAUUUUCUUUGUGCUCUUUCAGUUUGCAAGUUUUCCUCAUAUGGUGCUGUCACUCCAUCAAAAGUUGGCAGGCCGUGGUCUUAUUAAGGGGAGAGACCACCUGAUGUGGGUGCUACUCCAGUUCAUCUCUGGCAGCAUCCAGAAGAAUGCACUGGCUGACUUCCUCCCAGUCAUGAAGCUGUUUGACCUCCUGUAUCCUGAGAAAGAAUAUAUUCCUGUACCUGAUAUUAACAAACCCCAGUCAACUCAUGCUUUUGCAAUGACCUGCAUUUGGAUUCAUCUGAACCGGAAGGCACAUAGUGACAACUCCAAGUUGCAGAUUCCCAUUCCUCAUUCUCUUAAACUUCACCAUGAGUUUUUGCAACAGAGCUUAAGAAAUAAAAGCUUACAGAUGAAUGACUACAAAAUUGCCUUGCUGUGCAAUGCGUACUCAACCAAUUCAGAGUGUUUCACUUUGCCAAUGGGUGUACUAGUAGAGACUAUUUAUGGAAAUGGAAACAUGAGGACACCUCUUCCAGGGACUAAUUGCAUGGCAUCAGGGUCAAUCACCCCACUGCCAAUGAACCUCUUGGACUCGCUCACAGUUCAUGCCAAAAUGAGUCUGAUUCACAGCAUAGCUACAAGGGUAAUUAAGCUGGCUCAUGCAAAAUCUAGUGUGGCCUUGGCUCCUGCUCUUGUGGAAACCUAUAGUCGCCUAUUGGUUUAUAUGGAAAUAGAAUCCUUGGGCAUCAAAGGCUUUAUCAGUCAGCUCCUGCCAACUGUGUUCAAAUCUCAUGCAUGGGGAAUUUUGCAUACUCUGCUGGAAAUGUUUAGCUAUCGGAUGCAUCACAUCCAGCCUCAUUACAGAGUCCAGCUCCUCAGCCAUCUUCAUUCCUUGGCUGCUGUGCCACAGACCAAUCAGAACCAGCUUCAUCUCUGUGUUGAGAGUACUGCUCUAAGGCUAAUCACAGCUUUGGGCAGCUCGGAAGUCCAACCACAGUUCACACGGUUCCUCAAUGAUCCCAAAACAGUUCUUUCAGCAGAAUCAGAAGAACUCAACAGGGCUUUGAUCUUAACUCUGGCAAGGGCAACACAUGUGACAGACUUUUUCACAGGCUCUGAUUCAAUUCAGGGAACUUGGUGCAAGGACAUACUGCAGACUAUCAUGAGUUUCACUCCACAUAACUGGGCAUCACAUACGCUAAGCUGUUUUCCAGCUCCUCUGCAGGUGUUCUUCAAGCAGAACAACGUACCUCAGGAAAGCCGUUUUAAUCUGAAGAAGAACGUGGAAGAAGAGUACCGGAAGUGGAAGUCGAUGACCAGUGAGAAUGAAAUAAUCACACACUUCUCUGCUCAAGGUUCAUCCCCGCUUUUCCUUUGUCUCCUGUGGAAGAUGUUGUUAGACACUGAUCACAUUAAUCAAAUCGGUUACAGAGUGUUAGAAAGAAUUGGGGCCAGAGCUCUGGUGGCACAUGUCAGGACAUUUGCAGAUUUCUUGGUGUAUGAAUUCUCUACAUCUGCAGGAGGACAGCAGCUCAAUAAAUGUAUUGAGAUUCUCAAUGACAUGGUGUGGAAAUACAAUAUUGUAACACUGGAUAGGUUGAUACUCUGCUUGGCAAUGCGUAGUCAUGAAGGAAAUGAAGCUCAAGUUUGUUACUUCAUAAUCCAAUUACUCUUACUGAAGCCUAAUGAUUUCAGAAACAGAGUGAGUGAUUUUGUGAAGGAGAAUUCUCCCGAACACUGGCUGCAGAAUGACUGGCAUACAAAGCAUAUGAGUUACCACAAGAAAUACCCUGAAAAGCUGUAUUUUGAAGGCUUGGCAGAACAAGUGAAUCCCCCAGUUCAGAUCCAGCCCCAGUACUUACCAAUUUAUUUUGGAAAUGUAUGCCUGCGCUUUCUGCCAGUUUUUGAUAUUGUAAUUCAUAGAUUUCUGGAAUUGCUUCCAGUGUCCAAAUCACUAGAAACUUUAUUGGAUCAUCUGGGAGGCUUAUACAAAUUCCACGACCGACCAGUGACCUACCUGUACAACACCCUUCACUAUUAUGAGGGGCAUCUGAGAGAGCGCACAAACCUCAAGAGAAAACUCGUUCAUGCCAUAAUUGGCUCUCUCAAAGAUAAUCGUCCACUAGGCUGGUGUCUGAGUGAUACUUACCUCAAAUGUGCCAUGAAUCCCCGAGAAGAGAAUCCAUGGGUUCCUGAUGAUGCUUACUAUUGCAAGCUCAUUGGAAGACUAGUAGACACUAUGGCAGGCAAAUCACCUGGUCCAUUUCCAAAUUGUGACUGGAGAUUCAAUGAGUUUCCUAACCCAGCUGCCCAUGCUCUGCACGUUACCUGUGUUGAGCUCAUGGCUCUGGCUGUUCCAGGGAAGGAGGUGGGCAAUGCUCUGCUGAAUGUUGUGCUGAAGAGUCAGCCCCUAGUGCCAAGAGAGAACAUCACAGCUUGGAUGAAUGCGAUUGGACUGAUUAUCACAGCCUUACCAGAGCCCUACUGGAUUGUUCUCCAUGAUUGUAUUGUGAAUGUCAUCAACAGUCCCAGCUUGACAUCAGAGACAGAGUGGGUUGGUUACCCAUUCCAGCUGUUUGACUUCACAGCAUGUCACCAGUCUUACUCUGAGAUGAGUUGUAGCUAUACUUUGGCUUUGGCACAUGCAGUCUGGCAUCAUUCCAGCAUUGGACAGCUUUCUCUCAUUCCUAAGUUCCUCACGGAAGCGUUGAUACCCAUUGUGAAAACAGAGUUCCAGUUACUCUAUGUUUACCACCUCGUUGGUCCUUUCCUGCAACGUUUCCAGCAGGAGAGGACACGGUGCAUGAUAGAGAUUGGAGUGGCAUUUUAUGAAAUGCUCCUGAAUGCAGAUCGGUACAGCUCCCAUCUGAACUACAUGGAUCCCAUUUGUGAUUUCUUGUAUCAUAUGAAAUAUAUGUUUACAGGUGACAGUGUGAAAGACCAAGUUGAGAAGAUAAUUUGUAAUCUAAGACCAGCUUUGAAACUUCGGCUACGCUUCAUAACACACAUCAGCAAAAUGGAGCCAGCUGCUGUUUCACAACAGCCUCUCAGCAAUGGGUCCCCAGCCCAACAGCCCAGCCAAGUGCCUGUCAAUGUGGCUUUGCCAGUAACCCAGUGAAAUGAAGUGCUGGGCUGACCUUGCUGUGAAGGCUUCCUCUUCUUACUGACCAAGGUGAAGCAGCAUCUGGCCUGAAAUCUGGGAUGCUUUAUGAAGGGACAGAGAACCAUGUACAGACUUCUCAUUUCAUUUCUUUUGCAUCAUGAAGCUGUCUAGCUCUGUGCAUGCUGGUCUUCUUGGCUGUUCUUGCUAGACACUAGAUAAAGGGAUAUGUUGCCUUUCUCUGAACGCACUGAGUGAAGGUCCUCUGCAAGCAAAUAGAUGGAAUUCUGAAGAGCUUACCAUAUUCUGCUCCCUAUCCUGGGUGAAGUCAUCCAGAUUUUUCUUUUUUCUCCCUGUGUCAUGAAAGGACUCUGUGUGUGUAAAACAGCCUUUUAAAAUUUGGGUUCUGCCUUAUUAAAAAUUUAUAUUUUUUCAUCCAGCAGAAAAAUUUAAAUCCUUUUUGUCUUUUGGGCAGACAGUUUAAGCCCUUAUACAGUAAUACUCCUAGACAGAGAGAUUGCAUUAAUUUUAUUGAGUUAAUUAUGGCAUCUUUCCAAAGAAUAAGAAUGAACCUUUGAAAAUUUGUAAAUUUUGUGUGUACAGAUUUCAUUAAGCACAGCUCAAUGGGUUUGAUGUAAUGUCAGUUACUAGACUGUUGGAUUACACCCCAGAGGCUGUCUCCAAUGAAUUUGGUGGAAGUCUGCAUAUUCACUUCAAGCUGGGCUAGUUCAUAUUUGAUCUUUCCUAUUUGGGAAAUGAUGUAGUUUUUAUUAAGUCAAUCACAUCAAUUUUCGUGAUCUUACUAUAUUUUGGAUAAUAUUCUGAUUUAGGGUGUAUGUGUGCUGGACUCAGCCAGUUUUGAUAACAAUUGAAAUGCUCAAUGUUUUGUAAAUACUCAUCUUUUUGAACAAAUAUUGAAUUAAAAAAACCCCCACAGUUUAAAAGUCCAUGGUAGUAUUGUUAAGUUUCUUUUCUAUACUCAUUACCUUAAAAAUAAGGAUUAACCAUAGCAAGGAUACUUCCAUGUCCCAAGUUCUCUAUCAGUUUUCCAUUAAUGACAGUUUUAACAUGUUACAAAUAGAGUCCAGAUUAAUAAGCACAGGUCUGAUCUGAUU